AUUCGCUCUCCCUUGCCGCUGGGUUGAGCAGCGGGUUGGCUGAGUUACUGGGGAGCGUGAGAGCGGAGGAAGUCUGAUCCCGCCGGCUCGCCGUCGUAAGCCUGGCGGCCAUCUUGUGCGGGAGGCGAUCGGUGUGAAGUCUGGUGGUGGUAGCGAAGGACGGAGGCGGCUGUUCUUUCUCUCUUCCUUCCGUCUCCUUCUCUUGCAGCUGCUGCUGGAGGUGCUAUGUCCGCCGAGAGCCCGGAGUCCGCCUCGGCCGAGGAGCAGAAGGAAAUGGAAGAUAAGGUGAUCAGUCCAGAAAAAGUUGAAGAAGCAAAAUUGAAAGCAAGAUACCCUCAUCUAGGCCAAAAGCCUGGGGGUUCAGAUUUCUUGAGGAAGAGGCUUCAGAAAGGACAAAAAUACUUCGAUUCUGGGGAUUACAACAUGGCUAAAGCAAAAAUGAAGAACAAGCAACUUCCUACCGCAGCUCCUGACAAGACAGAAGUGACUGGUGAUCACAUUCCCACUCCACAGGACCUUCCUCAGCGGAAACCAUCUCUUGUUGCUAGCAAGCUGGCUGGCUGACUAGAAUGGCUGAACUGCAUGAAUCUUCUCAUUCCCAUUUUCUCCUGAAUAGUUUUUCCCCACUUUUUUUUUCUUCCCCCUCCCCCUUACACGAAGUCAUUGAGACUGACAGCUUUGCAGGUAGUGGUAGCGUGUGCUGCUAUUGUAAGGGAGUACUGUUGAGAGUAAAAUGUGUAGUACUUGGACUAGUUGAGAACAAUGCACUGAUAAAAAGGACAGGUUUGGUUAGAGCAAUGUAAAGUAAUUUACUUGAAAAUGUACAUAUUGCCUAUUUCCUAGUGUAGGACUGGUUUCAGCAAGUGACAAUAGCAAGUUUUUACAAUUUUUAAUGUUUCUGCUUUCCUUAUUUCACCUUAAUUGCAACAUAGUAUGUUUGUAUUUAAUAUAACUACCUGUUGUGUUGCUUUUUCUUCUGUGUUUGAUUUCUGUUUUGUUCUCUAAAAUAGAAGUUUAGACCACAAGUUGCUAGAAGGUAAAGCAUGUGUAAAAACAAUACCGGGGCUCAAUUUGUGCAUCUGCUCUUGAACAUGAAUGGCCUUAAACCUGUUUCAGCUUUAACAAUAGACUUUUACUUGGGCAAUAUUUGCCCAUUCUCAUAUAACUCUUGUGAACCUAGUGCUUAUUUGCAACUGCCUGUUGAAGCUGGUAUUUUUUUCAGUUCUGUAGUGUAGAACACACUUUUGUUGAAGAUGUGAAUGAAGUGUGCAUGUGCAUAGACUGUUGAAUUCACUCUUGUGCCAUUUUUGUAAAUACAAUAGUUUUGCACAA